UAGUAGAGAGAGAGAGAGCGAGAGAGAGGGAGAGCUUUGAGAGGGCACAUAUAUACAAGAACCAGUUUUAAUUAAUUACUUCAUCUUAAUCUCUUGGGAUUUUCAAGAGAAACUCUUCAAAAAAUCAUCUUUCUUUAGACACACACACAUAUAUAUAAAAUAUACUCAGAGAUCAGGUAUAAUAAAUAAAUAUAGAUAUAUAUAGCUUCAUCAUCUCUCUCAUACAUAUAUGGACUCUGCUAAUCUCCAUCAGCUUCAUCAAGAUCAAUUACAGCUUGUGGGGUCUUCUUCUUCUUCUUCUUCCUUAGACAAUAACUCUGACCCUUCUUGCUAUGGAGCUUCUUCUGCCCAUCAAUGGAGCCCAGGAGGUAUUUCUUUGAAUAGUGUUAGCUUGAGUCAUAACUAUAACAAUGAGAUGUUAAACGCAAGAGAUCACAACAGCAACAACACAAGUGAAUGCAUGAGUCUCUCCACCAUCCACAAUCACUCCUUGAUCCAACAACAAGACUUUCCUUUACAAUGGCCUAAUCAUGACCAAUCUUCAUAUCAUCAUCAUGAAGGACUUCUCAAGAUCAAAGAAGAGCUUUCCUCAUCAUCUAUCUCAGACCAACAAGAAGGCUUAUCCAAGUUCACAGACAUGUUGAACAGUCCAGUGAUCACAAACUACUUGAAGAUCAAUGAACACAAGGAUUACACUGAGAAGCUUCUUUUCAAGACUAUAUCUUCUGGGUUCCCCACCAAUGGAGACUAUUGUAGCAGUCUUCCCUCUUCUUCUUCUUCCUCUUCCCCUUCGUCUCAUAGAGGCAAUUUCAGUCAGAUUUACCCGAGCGUAAACAUAUCGAGCUUGAGCGAGUCUAGGAAGAUGAGCAUGGACAUGAGUAACAUCCCGAGACCAUUUGAUAUGAACAUGCAGGUGUUUGAUGGAAGAUUGUUUGAAGGGAAUGUCUUAGUUCCUCCUUUAAAUUCUCAAGAGAUUAGUACUCUUGGGAUGAGCAGAGGAGGCUUUCCUCCUUUUGGCCUCCCUUUUCAUCACCCUCUUCAGCAAACACUUCACCAUCCUUCUUCUUCCCCUACUCAUCAAAUGGAAAUGUUCAGCAACGAACCUCAAACAAGUGAAGGGAAGAGACAUAACUUCUUGAUGGCAACAAAAGCAGGCGAAAAUGCUUCCAAGAAACCGCGCGUGGAAUCACGGUCAUCUUGCCCACCCUUCAAGGUGAGGAAAGAGAAGGUAGGAGACAGAAUAGCAGCACUACAGCAGUUGGUUUCACCAUUUGGGAAGGUAACACUUAAUUUUCCCAAUUUAUUCCAUCGUUUUGAUGGACAGACUUUAAGCGUCCCCUACAUGAGAGCAUCUAGGAGCCGACCCGCAAAAGCCUCCCAGCUGGGCUCACAGCCACAAGAAGGGGAUGAGGAAGAGACGAGGGAUCUAAGAAGCCGUGGACUAUGUCUCGUUCCGUUAUCAUGCAUGACUUAUGUUACUGGAGAUGGUGGGGACGGAGGAGGCGGUGUUGGUAGCGGGUUUUGGCCAACGCCACCUGGUUUUGGGGGCGGAACUUAGCCGUGGACUUAGUUGACGUCAAACCGUAGGACUAUGAGUACAUUUAUCGGAUUUGGUGGGUAGAAAAAGGAAGAAAUGUUGAAGGUGGAGUAUAUUAGUUCUUUCAACUUUUUUUGGUUUUGGUCUAUUUGAAAGUUUCGGUUUUUAUGGUGGAGCAAAGUUGGUCGUCCUGAUUAGAAAGAAGAAGUAUGCCAGGAUAGACCAGCUUUGAUCCAUUUAUUGUUAGUAAUGAGACUUGAGGAUAUAUAUGUUUUUACUUA